CUCUUCCCCCUUAUACCAUUCUCAAUUUUCUUGCUUCUUAUUAGAGCAUCACUAGUCCUCGCCGCCGCGACCGAGGCGGCAGCCGCCUCUACUCUUCUGUCAAUAAAAUCAUCCCUUAAAGACCCUCUAAACACACUCCAUGAUUGGGACUCCACAACCGAGUUCUCCAGCUCCAAUUCCCGGCCCGUCUGGUGUUCAUGGUCCGGCAUCCAAUGCAACCUGACCGGCCAAGUUACAACCUUGGACCUGUCGGGGCGCAAUCUUUCAGGCCGAAUACCCACCGAUAUAAGACAUUUGUCCCAUUUACGUCAUUUAAAUCUGAGUAUGAAUUCUUUCGAUGGCCUGUUAGAAGCUGCCAUUUUUGAACUGCCAAACCUUAAAACCCUCGAUAUUAACCACAAUUUCUUCAAUUCAAGUUUUCCACCUGGAAUAUCAAGACUUGAGUCUCUCACGUUUUUCAAUGCUUAUAGCAACAGUUUCACGGGCCCUCUGCCAGAAGAGCUCAUCUACCUAAGGAAUCUUGAGUACCUCAACCUCGGUGGAAGCUACUUUGACGGCCCGAUUCCAACUACCUACGGGAAAAUUUUCAAGCUGAAAGCUCUAUACUUGCAUGGAAAUUUACUGACGGGCCCGAUUCCAGCUGAGUUAGGUUUCUUGAAUCAGCUUGAGCAUGUAGAAUUGGGGUACAAUGAGUACUCCGGAGGAAUUCCAUCGCAACUUUCCGGGCUAUCGAAUUUAGUCUAUCUUGAUAUCUCAUCAUCGAAUCUGUCAGAAAAUCUUCCGGCCGAGUUAGGCAGACUAACGAAGCUCGAAACGUUGUUACUUUUCAAGAAUCAGUUUUCAGGAUCCAUUCCAGCGAGCUGGGCUCAUAUGGGAUCCUUGCAGAUUCUUGAUUUAUCAGAUAAUAAUCUGUCAGGAGAAAUCCCGCGUGGAUUUUCAUCUCUCAAGGAGCUAAAAACAUUAUCAUUGAUGAACAAUAAGCUGACAGGUGAAAUUCCACAAGGAAUUGGCGAGCUUCCAAAUCUUGAAUCCUUGUAUCUCUGGAACAAUUCUCUUUCAGGAACUUUACCCCAAACACUAGGCUCGAAUUGUAAGUUGCAACGGCUCGAUGUUUCUUCAAAUUCACUGUCGGGUCCAAUCCCACCAAAUCUUUGCCUCAGCAACAAGCUGAUGAAACUCAUACUCUUCUCGAACAAUUUUGUUGGUGAGAUCCCUUCAUCCUUGACGAAUUGCAAGGCCCUGUCACGUUUAAGGAUUCAGAAUAACAACCUUAAUGGCUCGAUCCCACUUGGAUUUGGCUCCUUGCCGAACCUAACUUUCAUAGAAUUAAGCAAGAACAGCUUAUCCGGUCCAAUCCCAGAAGAUCUUGGCAUUGCAAUGAAACUUGAGUUCUUGAAUAUAUCAGAAAACUCAUUCAAUUCCGAGCUUCCUGGGAACAUAUGGAAAGCCCCAAGAUUACAGAUUUUAUUAGCAAGUUCUUCUAAUAUUGAUGGCAAAAUUCCUGAUUUUGUGGGGUGCAGAAGUUUCUACAGAAUUGAGCUGGAUGGAAACAAUCUCACUGGCAGAAUUCCGCCGGACAUCACCCACUGUCAGAAGCUGGUUAGCUUGAAUUUGCGCAGGAAUUCCCUAACAGGAACCAUUCCAUGGGAAAUCUCGACACUUCCUUCGAUCACAGAUGUUGAUUUGUCCCACAAUUUUCUGACAGGAGCCAUUCCGUCGAAGUUCAACAAUUGCAGCACGCUGGAGAAUUUCAAUGUAUCAUACAAUCAGCUCACAGGCCCUGUACCAUCAUCAGGCUUAGUUUUCUCAAGUCUUCAUCCAUCUUCCUUCAUUGGGAAUGACGGGCUCUGUGGCAAGAUUCUCAAGAAACCUUGCCUUACAGAGGGACCAGCCACUGAAGCGGUGCAGAUCCGACACCAGCCUAAGAAGACGGCCAGCGCCUUUAUUUGGAUCAUGGUGGCAGCAUUGGGUGUCGGGUUGCUCAUUUUAGUCGUCGGCAGCCGUUAUUUCCAGGCUAAAUACAGUCGAAAACUCCUCCAUGACAAAAAUGUGGGGUCCUGGAAACUGACAGCAUUUCAUAGGCUGAAUUUCACAGCAAACGAUGUGUUAGAAUGUCUCCACAUGACUGAUAAGAUCAUCGGGAUGGGCUCCAUGGGGACCGUGUACAAGGCGGAAAUGCCAGGUGGUGAGAUCAUAGCGGUUAAAAAACUAUGGGGUAAACAGCAAGACACAACAAGAAAAAGGAGAGGAGUAUUGGCAGAAGUCGAUGUCUUAGGUAACGUUAGACACCGUAACAUCAUGAGAUUGUUGGGCUGUGUUAGCAACAACAAAUGUACGAUGUUGCUGUACGAAUACAUGCCUAAUGGAAGCUUGGAUGAUUUAUUACAUGGGAAAAAUAAGGAUGAGAAUUUGGUAGCAGAUUGGAUGACUAGGUACAAGAUUGCACUAGGGGUGGCUCAAGGUGUAUGCUAUCUUCAUCAUGAUUGCAACCCAGUGGUUGUGCACCGUGAUUUAAAGCCGAGUAAUAUACUUCUGGACGGGGAGAUGGAGGCUCGGGUGGCAGAUUUUGGGGUGGCUAAGUUGAUUCAGGCUGAUGAGUCUAUGUCCGUGAUUGCUGGAUCCUAUGGCUACAUUGCCCCAGAAUAUGCCUAUACAUUACAAGUUGACGAGAAGAGUGACAUUUAUAGCUACGGGGUGGUGCUCAUGGAAAUUCUAACAGGAAAAAGAUCGAUCGACACCGAAUUUGGUGAUGGAAACUGUAUAGUAGAUUGGGUGAAGUCAAAAGUGGGGAUGAAAAAUGGUUUAGUUGAUGUGUUAGACAAAAAUGCUGGUGCAUCGUGUGCCUCGGUGAGGGAAGAAAUGUUGCUCCUCCUUAGGGUUGCAUUGCUCUGCACUAGCCGAAAUCCGGCCGAUCGGCCCUCAAUGAGGGAUGUGGUGUCGAUGUUGCAAGAGGCCAAGCCCAAGCAGAAGCAGAAAUUGGUCAGGCGUGAUGAGGUGGUUGUUGAUUUUCCAGAGCCAUAAUAGAAUGUUGAUACAUACAUGUAUAAAGAAUUUUCAACUUUUGUACGCGUAUAUAAGUGUAUAUAAGUACGUGGUUCAUAGAAUGUGGCUUCAAAAUAUUUAGGCUACAUUUAAUAGUAUUACCAACUACUCUUUAUAUGCUAGUUAUGUUGAUAUUUAAUAUAAAU